UCGUUUCAGAUCCUGCUCGACAAAUCGAGUGCGGACAAAGUCGGCCCUGGACACCACCGCGGAGUGCGGCUACACCUCAAUGGCGACGUGGUAGCGGCGAUCCAGAGGACGCUGCACCUCUCGCAGCCAUUCCCGUUUCUCGACGUGCCGAAGCGGAAGGCGGACCCCAACAGCAAGCGGAUCUGCGGGCGGACCGAAGAGGGGGACCUUUUAGGCGAGUGCGAGUCCAGCGAGGACGAGGUGGAGCCGCUGGAAGCUGAGGCCGACGUAGAGGCCACUACCGUGGGCAGCAAGAGCGCCGAGAAGCUGCUAAACCUGACUUCGGAGGAGCGCGACAACCUGUGGGAGUUCAAGCUCGAGAGAUCGCAGAUGGAGGCUCGCAAGGCGUGGAGGACGCCACCGGGCUAUGUCAAG